GUCUUUAUUUCUAAGCUUGUUUUAUCAUCUGCCAACAAAAUGGUCAACAUUACUCUUCUCCCCCUUGCUCUCGUGGCUAGUCUCGCGGCGUUUGGGGAAGCCAGAAACUGCACCCCCAAACUCAAUUAUUGUGGCAGUGUUCUCUUGGACAUCGGCAAAUACUUUCCCCAAGUUGCAGAUGAAUUGAUCCGUAGUCAAAAGUCUCAAUGUCUUGGGAAGCGUCAUGUCACGGAUUCGCUCUUCUACUGCACUGGAGGCCCCGACGGAGAGAUCAGAUACAAGGGUUUUUGCAAGAACGGUUGCAAGAAUGGUGGCGCUGGCAAGAAUGAUCACUGUUAGAAUGUUUUGAC